GCGAAACUCCAAAUAAGUGGGGUUUGUGGUAACGCAAUUUCAAUUCCGGUUGAAAUCAAUCAAAGAUUUUAAUAACAUCUUAAUUGGGAUCACGAACGGUGUUAAAAAUUGACACAACCAGGGUUAUUCGAUUCGUAGUUUAAAAUUUUGGCGCACAUAACCACACAUGUCAGAAUGGGUGACGGCGAGCCUUUCCCCAGUUUUUUCUUUUCGAGGGCCCCUUUGCCUGAACGUGUCGACCUAAUUACCUUUAAAGAGGGCAAAAAGGAUAAGUUUUAUUGGAUGUUAUCAAUCGAUAACGAUUCUAGAAAUAACGAGCCGAUGAGGCACUCGACACUAGCCCCUUAUGACGACAAUGACGCCGAAAUGUUGGACUGUUGCGAUUUGGAGGAAAAUUAUGAAAUCAACCCGACCAAAUCGGGCAAAUUUAUUACGUCCUUCUACGUCCCAAAUGCGUUACAUUCCGUAAUUGUGGGCCCCCGUGGUGCUAAAUUACGAGAAUUGCAAGACAACACUAGUACUUUGAUUAAAGUACCAAAACCUGGAGAGGACCCCAUUGUUAAAAUAACGGGUCAUAGUGAGCGUAGCGUUGCGUCCGCAAGGACACAAAUUGCUCUGCUGUUAUUAUCAAGACGGGAAAAAUUGGCAAUUACUCAUUUCGUCUCAAUUCCGAUUUAUUCCGAUAAUAUUAGAGAUAAUUUCCGCAAGUUUAAAGACGACAUUUUGAAAGGACCAGCCACGAGAGGUGUUGAUGAAACGAUUUUCCAAAAAGUGGAAAAGUUUCACCUCACAAUAGUCACGCUGGCGCUCCUGGAUGAGAAAGAAAUUGACGAAGCUAAACAAAUGUUGAACAAGUGUCAAAGCAAUGUUCAGAAAAUUUUCGCAGGCCGAAGGCCCAAAAUUGUGUUAAAAGGAGUUGAAAUAAUGAAUGAUGAUCCUCAUGAAGUUGAUGUUUUGUACGGUAAAGUGUGUCUGGACAGUAGAGAGGACGUUGAUUGUCUCCAAGAAGCUGCAGAUGAAAUUUUGGAUGUUUUUUACAGAAAUGGUUUGGUGAGGAAACAAUACGAUAACGUUAAAUUGCACGUAACUUUGAUGAACUCAAUUUUCCGAAAAAACGAAGACAAUCGGAGGGAAUCAUUUGAUGCAAGUUUUAUCUUAGACAAGUACAAAGACUACUAUUUUGGGAAAACAGCACUGGAGCAAAUACAUCUAUCAGUCAGGUUUACUUCGGCUCAGAAUGGAUAUUAUCAGUCAGCGGCAGUUAUCACACUGUGAUAAUUUUUGUAUAUUUUAUUUAAAAAUAAACCAUUUAUUUUA